AUGAGCGCCGACCUCAAUAUUUCUCUCCGACCGCACGUCGUCGACGCGCUACGGCCUCUUCGCGACGUGCUCCCACAAGACCUACAAACCCAAUUACACCCAUUCCUCAUAGAACCCACGCCUCCGACAAUUCCGUAUAGCAUUCUUUCCAGAAUCUCUCAGUGGUCGCGGUCUGACUCAGGACGCUCCGCUCUACAGCAUGUUGAUCGCGACGCCGCCGACUAUACCAUGAUCUCCCUUCUCGCAGGUGCCACGACAUCCCCGGAGAAGAACUUCGGUCCAUAUACUCCACCCAAGGAACCACAUAUCAUAGCAAACGAACAGAAACUCGAACGACGCGCCAUCACGGCGAUAGUGAAUGGCCUUGUGAGCAUAUUUGCUACUGGAAUGGCCGUGUGGUGGGCAUCAGACCGAACAGGAUUCCGGGAUGAAUGGCGGGUGCUUCUCUCAUUUGCCGCAGCAACCAUUGUGGCGUGCUCAGAAGUAGCGCUAUACAUCAUUUGGCAGGCUAGAUUACGCAAAGCCAAAUCACCCAAGGACGGGGCUCCCCGAGCCUUCAAGAAGGAUCGAACGGAAACGAACCCAGAGAUCACCACAGCUGGCGCCUCUAAUGCUAUUCAACCCAGAGCUGUUGAGCUGAGAGAGAGAGUUGCACGGUUGUCGCAGCCACAGGAUUAG